AUGGAUAUCACAGAAAUAGUGCAGAAGAAACUAGGACGGGAACUGCACUGCAAACAGGUGGUGCAGUGUAUGAAGAUUGAUGAUAACAAAAGAUUGCAAAGGUUUGCUGCUCUUGUCGAAAAAAAUGAAGAAUAUGGUGUGUUCAUAUUUACUUCAAAACAAGACCCCUGUCAACAUUGUGAGGAUUUGAGCUUGGAGACUGUGGUUGCUGUAGAUGUGGGGCUGAGAUGCCAGGCAGAGGCUCCAUCAAGACAAGACAACCAGCCAGGAGCGGACUUUCACCUCCAUUUGAAAACCACAAACCACCAUGUCUUGCUGGAAAUGCCCCGCCAGGACUCCACCACCGAGUUCCUAACAGAAAUCAUCAAACAUUCCAAAACUAAACAGGUCAGUAGCCGGUGUUUCAGUGAGUCCACCUGGACCCAGUGGCUGAGCAGGUAUGGUAACAACAAGGGAGCACACUCUGCGCAAAGAGUGUCGCUGGAGGAGUUUGAUCCCCUCAGACACAUGAACUUAGAGCAGCCAGACACUGUAGUCAGGGUCACAGACUGUGUCGACCCGGCCUCUAGUCUUGGUGACAACUUUGCUGCUGUGUCAGUCCGUGAUGUGCUGUCUGUACCCAACAACACACUACACACCAGUCAGAGCUGGGACUCCCUGGACAAGAUGCUCAGCCCGGACGACUCUGGAGAGCCAAUGGAAGCCAUAAAGAAACAACUGGGAAUAUCAUCAGGCAUUGAACUUCCUGUCGGUUCUAAACCGGUGUCUAGCCGAGAUAAGUUCCUCCGUCAGUGCCUGGUACAGAGAGAGUCAGAGUUUACAGAUGUGAAACAUUUUACAUUAUUUUGUGGAAGCUGGAACGUGAAUGGCCAGGCUCCACCAGACAGCUUAAAUCCAUGGUUGCUUGUAGAUGAUGAGCCACCCGACAUUUAUGCUAUUGGUUUCCAAGAACUUGAUCUCAGUAAAGAAGCUUUCAUUUUUAUGGACUCUUCGAAAGAAGCAGAAUGGCAGGAUAAAUUGUCCAAAUGUGUCAACACAAAAGUUCCCUACAUAAAGGUAAAGUCCAUCCGUCUGGUGGGGAUGUUACUUGUGGUCUACAUUCAAGAAAAGCAUGUGAAGCAUAUCAGUUACAUUGAUUUUGACUCAGUAGCUACAGGAAUCAUGGGAAUUAUGGGAAACAAGGGCGGAGUGUCCGUGCGACUGACUUUUCAUAACACUUCUCUGUGUUUUGUCAAUUCACAUCUGGCUGCCCAUCAGGAUGAGAUUGAGAGACGGAAUUCGGAUUACAAAGACAUCAUGAGCAAAAUGAGAUUCAAGCAGUUUGAUCCUCCAUUGGAAAUCUCAGAACAUGACAUUGUAUUUUGGUGUGGGGACUUGAACUACCGCAUUGAUCUACCCCUGGAUGAUGUCAGGUCUUACAUUAAAAAACGCACAUAUGAGCGAUUGUUACAAGGUGACCAGCUGUAUCGACAGAUGAAAAAUAAUUCAGAAGCCUUCAAGGGCUUUAAGGAAGGAAUCCCUGACUUUGACCCAACAUAUAAAUUUGAUCCUGGAACUGAUAACUAUGACUCCAGUGAGAAGAAUCGAAUACCUGCAUGGUGUGACCGCAUCCUGUGGAGCGGUUCAGGGGUCCAGCAGCUGCGGUUCAGUUCACAUCCUCAGAUGAAGCUCUCAGACCAUAAACCUAUUAGUUCUCUGUUCAAAGUUGGGGUGCGAGUCAUUGAUCAACAACGAUAUAAGUUUGUUUAUGAAGAAGUCAUGAAGAAACUCGAUCGCAUGGAGAAUGAAUAUUUACCACAGAUAAAACUAGAUAAAACAGAGUGUGUGUUUAAAGAUGUCAAGUUUCUUGAAGUGCAGUCACAAACGGUGACUGUUGCCAAUGUCGGACAGGUACCCGUGGAGUUUGAGUUUGUCAACAAGCUGAAUGAGCCCAGUUUUUGCCGGCCUUGGUUGAAGGUCACACCGAGCAAGUCUGUCAUUCAGGAAGGUCAGUGUUGUGAAGUCCAUGUCGAGGUGUAUGUUGACAAAACAACAGUCAGUAAACUCAAUUCUGGACAAGAGAAACUGGAGGACAUAUUAGUCUUGCAUCUCAUUAGUGGCAAAGAUUCUUUUAUCACAAUAACAGGGAACUACCUGGUCAGUUCUUUUGGUUCCUCAAUUGAGGCCCUUAUUCAGAUGCACGGACCAAUCAGAGAAGUGCCAGUGGCUGAGCUUAUAGAAAUCGAGAAACCUGGCAGCCUUAGCCGAGUGGAUAUAGCACAAGAUGGAGGCCGACUGUACAUGGUUCCCAAGGAGAUUUGGAAGUUUGCAGACUUUCUGUGUAAAAAUGGCUCAGACAAG